CUCACGCGCGAACCGGUUUGUUGGAUUCGAACCGUUUCUUGGACCGACCCCAUCCCAUGGACCCGCCCAAAGAUAGGAACGAUCGGAGGAAGAGGAAGGCUACCGCCGGCGGCAACGCGGCGUCGUCGACGUCCGGGCCGUCGGUGACGCUGCCUCUGAAGGUGGGGACGCUGCUGAAGUGCCGGUGGAAGGACGGGACGCUCCAUCCCGCCGAGAUCAUCGAGCGCCGGCAGACGCCCUCCGGCGACCCCCACGGCUACGAGUACUACGUCCACUACACCGAGUUUGAUAGGAGGCUUGAUCAAUGGGUUAAUCUUGAACAGCUAGAUCUUAAUUCAAAGGACACUGAUGUGUAUGCAGAGGCCCAAAAGAUGAUGACACGGCACCAGAAACGGAAGAUGAAGGCAAGCAAAGAGGGCUAUGAGCGGUUUGAUGCUGCCAGUUUGCAGGAACACCAGGCCUUGACUAAAGUUAAAAAUAUAGAAAAAAUAGUACUUGGAAGAUAUGAGAUUGAGACGUGGUAUUUCUCCCCUUUACCAUCAGAGUACAAGAACUCUAAGAAAUUGUACUUUUGUGAAUUUUGCCUCAAUAUUUUAGAGACGAAAGAACAGCUUCAGAGGCAUAUGAGAAAAUGUGACCUGAAGUAUCCCCCAGGCGAUGAGAUCUACCGCAGUGGUGUCCUGUCUCUAUUUGAGCUUUUUCCUGACAGGAAAGUAUUUAAUAGGUUGAUGGCAGGAAGAACAAAGGUUACACAACAAAUCUCUGCAUUUUGGCAAAAUUUUUUCUUGAUCACAAGGCAAUACCCUGUGAGGUUGCUUCCUUUUUGUUUUACAUUCUUUGCGAAUGUGAUGAUCGAGGUUGCCACAUGGUUGCAUAUUUUUCUAAGGAAAAAUACUCAGAAGAUUCCUACAAUUUGUCCUGCAUUCUCACCCUUCCUCCAUACCAGCAAAAAGGCUAUGGAAAGUUUCUUAUUGCAUUUUCCUACGAACUUUCAAAGAGGGAGGGUGUAGUGGGGACACCAGAGAAGCCACUUUCUGAUCUGGGAUGGAGAAGCUACCAAUCAUACUGGACUAGGGUUCUUUUGAAUGCCAUCAAA